CAAUGGACACGAAAAUGAACAUAUCGCGGGCACAAAUGAACAAUAACACAGAAUAUAGUUUCACUGUAAAGGUUGUUACUGAUGUUGAGGGUGUGUUAGUGGUUGGAAAACCUAGUCCACCGGCAGUUCAGAUAUAUCUUCCAGCUCUAAGCAAUGCUCCACUUGUCAAAAUGUUUGCGAAUUAUGUCACUAUCAGUUGGUCGAUCUGGAAUUUUUACAAGGACUAUGGCUGUGGAACCGUGAACAGUUAUCAGUUGAAAUUUUGGCCAACUACUGAUACCAGCGAUGUAGUUGUUCUAAAUGUUACCAUAGGCACCGAAACGAACAUAUCAUGCGCAGAUAUGAACUACAACACGGAAUACAGUUUCACAGUAAAGGUUCUUACUGACGUCGUCGGUGUAUUAUUUGUUGGAAAACCCAGUCCGCUGGCAUUCUAUCAGAUAUACCCGCCGGUUCUGCAAAAUCCACCAACUAAUAUUUCACGUAGUUCACUUGGUAUCAACAUCAACUGGACCGAGUGGGAAUUCAAUCGUGAUGAUGGCAUUGGAUGUGUAACUGGUUACGUUGUUGAAUGGUGGGAUGCAGUGGCAGCCUGGAAUAUCAGCAAUGACACAUUUAAUGGAGAGCCUUCUGAAGGAAUACUCAUCCCAGAUAUUCCAUACUAUACUACUCUGGUUUUGCAAAUCAAAAUGCUCUAUAAUAAAAGAAACAGUGAAGUCAUUGGAUUACCAAGUCCAUUACUGGUUAUAUUUAGAGAGCAAUGUCCGUAUGGCUGGAAGCAAUUCAAAGAAACAUGCUAUUUGUUUGGUGAAAAUGCAAUUAAUUGCGAUGAUGCAAACUCGUUUUGUCAAAAAGAAAGUGCAAAAUUGGUAUCAAUUACAUCACGAGAGGAAAAAGAUUUUGUGUCGUCACAAUCAAGCAACAUAUCCCAUGAAUACUGUUGGAUUGGGGACUGGAACUGGACACAAGACGGGGAAGGAAAAUGUACACAAUUUUACCCAACUUCUGUCUCCUGGUCCGACGGCCCUUGUGAAAGCAAUCAAACAAGAGCGGUCUGUGAGAAAGGUAGGUUCACUCAUGCUAACUUGAUCAUUACUCUUUGUGGUGUACG